AUUCAGCUUGAGAUCGUCCACUUGCGCACGAGAUCCCCUCAAACUCCUCAACAUGUCAAACAUCCCACGUAUCGCAUGGGCGGCUACCCGAAUUUUUGGUCGGGCGAUGAGGGAAGCCGGACGGCAGGCAGUCGCUAACGCACGGCAUAAGCCAGAGGGCGUGGCUGAUUCUGGGAAGGCGGGAGGCGGUAGCGGUAAAACGCAGAACCUCUCCUCAUCACUUGGGAUGUCGUUUGAAGAAGCUCAAUUGAUUCUGAAUGUCAAGAAGGGCGACUCGAUGGAGAAGAUUCUCGAGAACUACGAACGUAUAUUCAAGGCAAACGCCAAACCUGAACCUCCUGCCGCAACAGACCCUAAAGCCAAACCUACCGGACGAAAGGGCAAAGCACCAGCUGUUAUCUACUCUCACUACCUUCAAUCCAAGGUCUACCGAGCACUUGAGCGGAUAAAGGCUGAGAAGGGCCCGGAAGCCGUUGCAGAGGGAGCAGCAGGAGAAACAAUGGUUGCAGGAACAGUUGCUGAAGGAGGAGUCGCACCAGAAUCGUUGGCCAAGGCUGCGGCGGAGGCUGAACCUUUUACCGGAGCUGGACCUGGUCAGGGACCUGUACCAGGUGAGGGACCUGCACAGGCCGCUGCUGGACAAGCUGGUGUAAACCCGGGAUCAGCGGAGUUUGCCAACAAGACGGCAGAAUCGAGUCCCGAGGGGUCGACCGAGGAACCGAAGAGAGAGCCAAUCUACAACCCCGCUGUUGGUCGAGCUAAGCCCAAGGGAGAUAAGGUUGCCGACGAAAACGAGCCGAUCCAGCUAUAAUUGGCGAUCGGAAAGGAAGAUGCACGCGGGGA